GGUAUGAGGAUAUUCAUAAUCAUGUGCCCGUGUGCCCUGAGGAGUAAUGUGAAACAGUCAUGUCAUUCAUGUCCAGUAUUCGCUCUUCCCUCUUCACUGCCCAUCAUCGUCAGCUGCUGUUGUGCUCCUUGCUCCUCACUGCACACCUUGCUAGCCAGCCAUCUACCCGUACAGUGCACACCCAACUACCGCGAUAUCAAGUUCGAUGAACGAGAGACGACCCUCACCCUCACAGUCACAGUCACAGUAUCAGUAUCAGUAUCAGCAUCAGAAUAAGCAUCUCAUUAGCUGGCACAACCCGUGUGCCCGUAGACCUUCUUAUCGCUAGGCAAGAAGUGUGAUUCACAAUCAAUCCCUCACCGCUUACGCUACUUAGCCACCUGCACUUAGGCAGGCUUUAUAGCCUUUAAUAAUACACCAAUCCCUCUCUCCCUCUCUCCCUACCUACUUGCUACCUUUCCCCUCCAUCAUCCUCCAUUACAUCAACAACACAACACAACACAACACACAACUCCAACACUUUCACGUCUCUUUCCCUCCCAACAACAAUCCAACGACUUUUAUUCCACCAAAACAUUCCAUACCUUAUUUCAAAAUGCGAUCCAAGUUUAAGGACGAGCACCCAUUCGAGAAGCGCAAGGCUGAAGCUGAACGCAUCCGUCAAAAAUACAACGACCGCAUCCCCGUCAUCUGCGAGAAGGUCGAGAAAUCCGACAUCGCCACUAUCGACAAGAAGAAGUAUCUCGUUCCCAGCGAUCUCACCGUCGGUCAAUUUGUAUACGUUAUCCGCAAGCGUAUCAAGCUUUCCCCAGAAAAGGCCAUCUUCAUUUUCGUCGAUGAGGUCUUACCGCCCACUGCCGCUUUGAUGAGCUCCAUCUAUGAGGAGCAUAAGGAUGAGGAUGGAUUCCUAUACAUCUCAUACUCGGGCGAGAACACCUUUGGUGAAGCUUUAGAAGAAGCCAACUAAAUCCCGCUUCCUUAGACACUUCAGUACAACACAUCAUAGGCGUUUAUAAGGCGAGGCGGUGAUGGAUAGGCAGGGCAGUGUGACUACAUUACAACCUGGGGCAGUUUUUCUUUUUUUACUCGUCGACUUCCAAGUUUUCUCCCACAAACCCCUUGGAGCGUACCGACCAACCAUUCAUCAUCUACCCCUUCGAUCAUCCUAAGCGACUCCCUUACGGUUCGCCGCACAGGAAAUCAGUAAGAAAAGACUGAUUAUCUGUAUAUGGGAUAAUGGAACAGUUGUGUAUGCUCUUUGGAAGUGCAAAUUUCGGAACUUCGAUGUUGUGAAUUAUUCAUUGGGGUUGUUCUCCUUUCCUUGUUUCAUGCUAUUAGUGGGAGGGGUUUAUUGGGAAUAGGGACAAUAUGAUACGGUGCUUUCUGCCAACACAUGCAUGGUUUCACAAUGUGCUAAGUACACGUGAAGUCGUUGGAUUCGUGAUUUACUGUAUUUGCCGUUUUAAUGAGACUGUGAUUUGAGGAGUAAUUGAACA